GAUGUGAAAGGAGGCAGAUGAUCCCGGUAACACGUGUCAGUGCUGUAUUGUCAUCAGCAACUGGUUUGGACUGGAACUGCAGCGCACAUACAUGGCAAAGAGAGAUGCACGUGGCAUGUGUUUACAAUGCAAUUUACAGUAAGAAAAUUUAAAUAAAAGCAAUCCGAUUAAGCAAUUUCCAUAAACGCAGUUUACAUACAUUCUCCGUAUCACAGAAGACUACCCAUCAUGACAACUACCGGUUCGCCACACAGAUGGUUCCUUUAAAUACAGAUUAAUGCAAUUUAAAUGGAAAACAGUCACUAAAAGUCUUUUAAGCGUUGACGGGAAAUGAUCGAUGUUGUGUUGAUACUGCAGGCAGGCUGUGCUCAUUGUCACUGAAUAAGAAAGGAAGUUAGAGCAUCGAAAUGUGAAGCUUGGACCAGCGAGAACAGCUUCAAACCGGUUUAAACGCCUGGCAACAAAAGCCAGAGCUCGUACAGAACACACCGCACAAUGAUGAAGGACAGACCGGGAUGUUUCAGCUCAGCACAUCCACAAUCAUUCAUGUAGAUCAUAGUGGUCAUCUCACAUUAUGACACAAUGAUUAGACAUUUCAAAUCAUAACGCAGGAUUGUCCAAAGAGCCGGUUCAACAUCCUGAGCUGAAUUUACCACGGAAAUCAUCAUCAUUUCCCGGUUGGUGAGGAAUCCUUAUAAAUAUGAGUGCCCGGAACACAAAGCAAGCCCCGGACGGUGGAUGGGGUUGGGCCAUUGUGGUUGCCUCUUUCAUGGGUCAACUCCUGGCCUACGGGUCGCCCCAGUCAGUGGGGGUGCUUUACCCGGAGUGGCUGAACACCUUCCAGGACGGCAAAGGCAUGACAGCGUUGGUCGGCUCUCUCGUGUCUGGGGUGGGCCUCAUCGCUAGUCCCAUCUGCAGUGCCUGUGUUGUGAACUUCGGGGCCAGACCUGUGACCAUCUUCAGUGGGGUCAUGGUCUCUGGAGGACUUAUGCUUAGUGCUUUUGCACCCAAUGUUCAGUUUCUCAUAUUUUCCUAUGGGAUUGUUGUUGGACUAGGCUGUGGACUUGUUUAUGCUGCUACUGUAACCAUCACAUGCCAGUAUUUUGACAAGAGACGUGGUCUUGCUCUCGGCAUCGUUACAACAGGUACAAGUAUUGGAGGUUUUCUCUAUGCUACUGUGCAGAACGAGUUCAUUGCACUCUUUGGACUUGACGGCUGUCUUUUGCUUAUUGGCUGUUUUGCACUAAACAUCAUCGCUUGUGCUGGACUCAUGAGACCCCUGCAUCUGCCAGCCUACUACCUGAAACAGAGAGCAGCACUGGCCCAGAAGGCCGAGGAGAAGGUUCUGGAAAAGCCCCCUGUCGUUGAGGACCCAAUCAAGAAAAAUCAGUCCGUCAACGUACUAAUCACAGGGGAGACGAAAGACCCUUCGUCGUACGAAAAGAGCCUUGUGAGUUAUGCGGCACUGGUGCGGCUCGUGAAGAAGAAGCAGAAGGAGUACUCCGAAUACUUGCACUCGAUGGCGGAACUGUUUCAGAACUGGGUCUUCAUGGCCAUGUGCGUGUCUUUGUUCGCAUACUGCUUGGGAGCGUACACUCCUCUACUCUUCCUGGAGGAUUUGGCCCAGAGCGAGGGUCUGAUCAGCGGCAUCAGCACCAUCCCGCUGGUCUCCAUCAUGUCCAUUGCUGCUGGAGUGGGGAAGCUGCUGCUGGGCGUCAUGAUGGACAUCAGCUGGAUGAACAGCAUUUUUCUUUACGCUUUCACCCUGCUGGGAGCAGGGGUGGCUCUUCUCAUCAUCCCUGUCACCAAGAACUACGCUGGACUGCAGGUCAUUUCAGCGCUGCUGGGUUUUUUUUCUGGAAACUGGUCCGUCAUCCCCUACAUGACCACUAAGGUUGUGGGAAUGGAUCGUCUGACUGAGGCAUAUGGGAUCUUGAUGUUCUUUGGUGGAUUUAGUAUAAUGCUCGGACCACCAGUCGCAGGCUGGAUUUACGACUGGAUGCACUCUUAUGAUCUGGCGUUCUACUUCAGUGGAAGCUUUGUGCUGCUGGGAGGAGCUGGCCUUUUCCUCGCUGCCUUGUGCUGUUGGAACAAGAACCAGGAUGAAACCAACACGCCAGACACAGAAUGCAUUAAUGACUAUGACAAAGUGGCAACGGUUGCCUGAAGCACGACUACAAGAUGAACUGCUGUUCGCCGGGUGAAUUCCCACACUCUCUCAAUACAAAAAGCUGAAGCAUACUUUUUUACUCAGCAUAUUACACUGAAGAAUUCUAGCAAAUGAGGACAGUCAGACUUGUUUUUGUGGCCUUGUUUUAGGAGGCUCCGGAUCUGCAUAUACAAUUCCUACGGUUCCUUUUAGAUUUGUUUUGUUUACUGUACAGAUGGUAUUGAAAUAUAUGGAGAUGGUGGAGCUCUCAGUGCCAUGUUUCAUCAGUCGUAGACAAACAAUGUUUUCAAACAAAUCUCAAGUUUUAUGAGAUGGCUGUAUUGUUUUUGGUAUAGACACGCAAGACUUUACACUGCAACACUACAACUUGUACUGGUUAUGAUUUAACAAUCUGAAAAACGUUGAGCAGUAUUUGGACGGGUGAUAAUGUCUUGUGUUGUUGGUUAAUUUAUUGUGUCUGUAAAUGCUGUUCAUAAGGGUCAGGCGUGCAGCACUAGACUAACUGUGCUUUUAUGUUUAUGCCUUGUUUUCAAUGCCUUGUUAUGUAAAAUGUUGGAUUUUCUUAGUGAUACAGACUGUAGUCUGUAGUUGAAAACCACAUGCUAUAAAGCAAUAUGUAUCUGUGAAAUUGCUGUCAGGUUAUUUUUAUGGCAGUUUACCUAGCUUUUAAUUUCCUUAUUUGUGGACUUUUUGAAAAAACAGCUUAUAUUGACAGUUUUACACAUUUUGCUAUAUGUGUAUGUUUGUAUUUGUACUGCUUUCUGUUUGUUUCACUUUUUCCGACCUUGGCAAGACAUUGUUACUUGAAAUAAGUUUUUUUUUGUUAUAUUAAUAUUGAUGGAACAGUAAAAAGUGAAAUGGGACACUUUAAGACACACUUCACUGUUUAUAUUGUAAAAAACCAUCACAGUAAACUUGGUUAUGACACCUUUAGGUGGUGUUAUUAUUUAUGUUCCUUUAUUGUUUUAUUUUCAUUUUUAUGGUUUGUACUAUUAAAGUAUUGAGGAUA